UCAAGAUACCAUUGUGAAAGGUGGCGACUUGUCCAGGGUGUACUCCGCCUUCCGCCCGAAUGCAGCUGAGAUAGGCGCCAGCGACCCCCCACGUCCCCAAAAGGGACAAGUGGUAACUAACCAGCGACAUGUCAGACCCGAUGAUUGACUUGGAAGAAACAGCAACCCACACGGGGCCCAAAGGCGUUAUCAAUGACUGGAGGAGGUUCAAGUUGGAGAGUAUGGACCAGGAUAACCUGCCACCUGCAAAACGGGAGCUUCUCAGACAAAUGUCAUCCCCUCACAAGAAAUUGGAAGAAUCCAGGGCGAAUCUGAAUCGCAAGAUGAGCGUGCAGGAGUACGAGCUACUUAAGGAGGAGGAUGAGGGCUGUCUCAAGAAAUACCGAAAGCAGUGCAUGCAGGAAAUGCACGACAAGCUCAGCUUCGGCCCGAGGUUCGAAAGAGUCCACGACCUAGACAGCGGGGAGGCCUUCCUCGAAGUCAUCGAGAAGGAACACCACAGCACGGUGGUGGUGGUCCACAUCUACAAGAUGGGAGUGAAAGGCUGCGAGGAGCUCAACAGCUGCCUGGACUGCUUGGCCGCAGAGUACCCCACCGUCAAGUUCUGCAGGAUCGACGCGGUGGCCUCGGGUGCUGCUGAGAGGUUCUCGGAUGAGGUGUUGCCCACACUUUUGGUCUACAAGGCAGGAGAACUGCUGGGGAACUUCCUGGCCUGCACAAAGCACCUCAAUGAGGAGUUCUUUGCCACGGAUGUGGAGACCUUCCUCAACAGCUACGGCCUGCUGCCCGAGAAAGAGAUGCCCGCGUUGGAUGAUGAAGAGGAGAAUGAUGUGGAGUAAAAAAAAAUAUAUAUAUAUAUGUUUGCGGCUGCUGUGGAAGAAAAAAGCCGCCGAGGGUUGGAUGUAGAGCUUUGUGAGAGUGGCACGCUUGAAAGAUGAGGAAAUCUUUCCAGGGUUUGUGGAGUGUUCUCUUACGGGCUAACAUCUAACAUGGCUGCUCUCAAGUAUGAUUUGGGUUAACUAGAGUGUGAAGCACCAGGGUUUAAAAAAAAAUAAAAAUAAAAAAGCCAAACCCAUUGUUAUAAAUGACGUUAUGUUUUCUAAUGUUAGACCAGGGGUGUCCAAAGUGCGUUGUUUUUUUUUUUUUUACUUUAUAUCAUGGGUCACCAACGUGGUGCCCGUGGGCACCAGGUAGCCCGUAAGGAUCAGAUGAGUCGCCCGCUGGCCUGUUCUAAAAAUAACUCAAAUAGCAGCACUUACCAGUGAGCUGCCUCUAUUUUUUUAGAUUUUAUUCAUUUACUAGCAAGCGUGGUCUCGCUUUGCACGACAUUUUUGAUUCUAAGAGAGACAAAAGUCAAAUAGAAUUUGAAAAUCCAAGAAAAUAUUUUAAAGACUUGGUCUUCACUUGUUUAAAUAAAUUUAUUAUUUUUUUUACUUUGCUUCAUAUAACUUUCAGAAAGACAAUUUUAGAGAAAAAAAUACAACCUUAAAAAUGAUUUUAGGAUUUUUAAACCCAUAUACCUUUUUACCUUUUAAAAUCCUUCCUCUUCUUUCCUGACAAUUUAAAUCAAGGUUCAAGUAUUUUUUAUUGUAAAGAAUAAUAAAUACAUUUUAAUUUAAUUCCUCAUUUUAGCUUCUGUUUUUUUGACGAAGAAUAUUUGUGAAUUAUUUCUUCAAACUUAUUAUGGUUAAGAUUCAAAUAUAAUAUUCUGGCAAAUCUAGAAAAUCUGUAGAAUCAAAUUUUAAUCUUAUUUCAAAGUCUUUUGAAUUUCUUUUAAAAUUUUUGUUCUGGAAAAUCUAGAACAAAUAAUGAUUUGUCUUUGUUAGAAAUAUAGCUUGGUCCAAUUUGUGUAGAUUGGAUUUUAACCUAUUUAAAACAUGUCAUCAAAAUUCUAAAAUUAAUCUUAAUCAGGAAAAAUUCCUAAUGAUGUUCCAUAAUUUUUUUUAUUUUUUUCAAAAAGAUUCGAAUUAGCUAGUUUUUCUAUUCAUUUUUUUCGGUUGAAUUUUGAAUUUUAAAGAGUCGAAAUUGAAGAUGAACUACGUUUCAAAUUUUUAUUUGUAUUUUUUUGUGUUUUCUCCUCUUUUAAACCAUUCAAUUAGGUGUUAUAUUUCAUCAUUUAUUCCCUACAAAAAACCUUCCGUAAAAGGAAAAAAAAUGUACGACUGAAUGACAGACAAAAAUACCCAUUUUUUAUUUAUAUAGAUUUAUUUAUUAAAGGUAAAUUGAGCAAACCCAUUUGCGGCCCGCAAAUAAUCCUUUACCAGUCCGCCACACAUUCUGGAAAUGCAAUUGCAGAAAAAAAAAAGUGGAAUGAUGCGAAAUCUAACCAGAAAAAGUUGCAAUGUUGACACAAAGCUGCCAUGCAAGCUAUUUUUUUCUUUGGUCUAUCUUUAUUUUUCUUUUUUUGCCAUUGCUCAAAGAAAAAAAAAUCAAUGUUGUAAUGAAUUAUUGACCUAUUCAAGGCUACAAUUAUUACAAAAAUGUCACUUUAAAAUGUUUUAUGUGGAAAAUAUUGCAUAUAUUGUGUGGUUGCCAUACAAAAACAUUGUUUUCUUUGACAAAAGAGCAUAAAACAAACAAAAGAAUUGUUCAAACGUAAAAUUGACAGAUAUAUCUGAAGUUGAUCUCGUAACUUAAGUGUUGAAAGUAAACAAAAACUAAUAAAACUGUAUCACUUUAUGAGUGGGGCACCUUUUGGAUGCCAAAUUUAUUUAAUGGGAUUGUAUUUAUCGUUUCACUGUGAUUACUCAAAAAUAGUAAUGAAUUGAAAUCAAUGGUGUCCUGCAUUAUUGAUCUUUUUAAGGCUCGAAUUACUUCACAUCAAACAUUACUUUCUGAAUGUUUUGGGCAGUGGGGCACAUACUGCAUAUUUCGGUUUUAUCAUAAAAAACAAAGUUGUCUUUGACAGAAAAGGCAUAAAGACUUUUUUUUUAAACUUUAUAUAAACCUGUUGUUGAUAUACUAUGGAGAUUAACAAUAAUAAUUUGACUUGUUUUUAACAUUUUAGUUACUUAGACCCUUUAUGGUCCUGGGAGCCCUAAAAAUAAAAAAACAAACAAAAUCUAUAUAUUUUUGCUAUGUUUUAGGAAUGAAAAAUAUCAAAAUGCCCCCCGCAUGCUUUAAUUUUUCCGUGUGCUACCCUCAGUGGAAAAAGUUUGGACACCCCUGUGAUAGACCAAUGGACAGACUACUGUAUCUAUAUUUAUUGAUGUUAAUUUUAUAUUUUGAAGCACUUUUAGCAUUUGACUGAAUGUGUUUGCUAGGGCUUUUAACAUUGUAUUAUGCAAUAAUGUGACAUAUUUUUACCUCAUUAUCUAAUAAUGACACAUUUUGUAGUAAAGUGAUACACAUUUUGUCGUAACUUGUAAAGUCAUUAAAAAAUGUGGGCACUGCACUUUCUUUUUAAAUGUAAACAUUUGGUGCAUUAUUUACUAAACCACCAGAAACACUAAACUUUUCAUAUUAAUUUAUUUCAAAAAUGUAAUUCAAAACAUAAAUUUUUUCUCUUUCAUAUUUGUGUUAGGGUUUUUCAUUCUUAUUAUCAUGUAUAGUAUUACUUCCAACAUUUUAGAGUCAUUUUCAUGUCAGUAAUACUUCAUUACUUUUGUUUCUAGCUUAAAAUCACAUUUUUAUUUAAAAUCAAUUAUACAUUUGAUCUUUGUUUAACCAAUAAAACAUCCUACAAGAUUCAUAAAAUUAAUUGUAAUGAAGAGGAACUGUUUUGUGUUUCAUUUAUUGUUUUGUUUUUAUAAGGCAUCACAUUUGAUGGUUUCUUACAUAAUGCACCUAAUUGUUACAUUUUAUUUUAUUUUUUGAGUGCAGCACUCACAUUUUGUAAUAGCUUUUGCAAUAGGUAACAAUUCAUUACAAAAUGUGUGAAAGUUUAUCAUAAGAUGCAUUUAAGAAUUAUGUUAUAAAUACAUACAUAUAUACAUGAUGAGGUGAAAAUGUACUAAAUUGUUAAAUAUUGCACCAUUGCUACAUCAUGCGUUGUUACAGGGCUGUCAAAAUCAACGGAUUAAAGCGAAUGAAACCCUCAUUAACAUUCAUCUGAGUUAAAGAUCCAAUGCAGUUAAGCUAUUUGAAGCCCAGAUUUGGCAAAUUGUUCAAACAAUACCAAUGUGUGAACUCAGACUAAUUGGGUAAUAUACAUGCUCCUUUACCGCAGAUGGUUGCCUGAAAGGUGAAGCAUUUGUCGAUGCAUACGGAGACUCCGACUUGUGUGCACACUGGAAAAAUUGCACUUUAAAAUACACCCUGAUUGUAGUUUAGAUUAAACUGGUAGCAAGUUUUGAGAAAAUAAUGUAGUGUAUUACAAUAUGACAAUAAAAUAGCAUUUUUGUCAAAAUAUUUGGGUGUUUUUUAAAGCUAAUCUAAAUUAAGCACACAAAUAAUUCACUGUGAUGUAUCAAAUUGCAAAAGUGUGAUUAAUCUGGUUAAAAGAUUUAAUCAUUUGACGGCAGCAAUCUAUAUUUAUCUGUGUGUAAAUAUAUAUAAAUAUAUAUAUAUAUAUUGAAUAUAUAUAUAUACAGUUUACUGUAUGCAUUACUCCUGUAUUUAAAUGGACUUUGAUCCUUGAUAUGAUUUAAUUGUCCACUAAAGGCCGUUUUGAAAAUGUUUUCACUUUCUUGUAAAUCAAUUUUACCAAAGAAGAGGGGAUGUGGUAAUCGUACAUCUGGAACAAGCGUGGUCAAAUAGUGCCAUCUACAUUUGAACAUAGGAGUGUUUUGUGUACACAGAAUUGAACAAAAAGUGCAUCUCAGAAAGUUGUUUUCCUCAUAAUGAUAUAUAGUACAUAUGAAUUAACCAUUCUUUUCAAAAAUAAAACAACAUGACAAUUCA